UUUUCUCUUUUCCCUUAUUGAGGAGGGUGGCUUAGCCUCAUUCUUUGUUGGAGCGCUUUUUGGACUGCUGAGAGACACAGAGAGAGAAAGAGGCGCACGCGUUCAUUUUGCUUGAAACUUGGUCUAUUCAUAUGGCCUUUUCAUUUGGUACCUCCACUGCUAAUCCCACGCCAUCAUUUGGCGGUAAUGCAGGGUUUGGAUCUUUUGGUCAACCUGCGGCUUCUGGAAGUACCUUUACUUUUGGCAAUCCAGCGCCUGCCACUCCUUUCGGCACCAACACCAAUACAUCAACGGCUCCUGGAACAAAUACCACGCCAUCGACCAAUUUGUUCGGUAAUACCUCUGCUCCCAGCAACACCACCACGAUCAAUGCAGGCACUUCUCUCUUUGGCAACAAUGCCACAGCGACCAAUACCACAACCAAUACAGGCGGGUCAUUAUUCGGUAAUGCGACCACAGCCAAUACAUCGGGAAAUUCGCUCUUUGGCAACACCAACACAACGACGAGUUUAUUUGGACAAAAACCAGCUACUGGCACCACAGGGACCACAGGCGGUUUAUUUGGACAAUCCACCGGCGGUCUGUUUGGUCAAUCCGCCAAACCUGGCUUGACAUUAGGUGGUUUCGGAAGCAGUUUCAAUGCAGCAGGCAACAACAAGCAGGCACGAGACAAGCAAAUCUGGGAGUUGUUAAUGCAAGUAGAAAACGAAGAACGACAGAACAAAGUCAACGAAAUGUUGAGCGAAAAAGACUUUAAACCUGAUUACAUUUGGCAAGCCUUGGCAUUACUGAAAGCGAAAUGGGAUCCAUCCUCGCCUUUCUGUCAAUUCAAAUAUUACUUUUACAAUAUGGUGCCGCCACAGGAAGUCCAUCUGUACGUCAAACCGCCGAAUCAUGAUACCAAAGCAUGGGAAGAUGCCCAAAAAGCCAAUCCUGAUCCGUCAUGUAUGGUACCAGCAUUAGCAGUAGGAUUCGAGGAUUUGAAGAAACGCAUUGACGCGCAGGAGAAUCAAAGUGCAGCACAUAAAGCUAAAUUAACAGAUAUCGAGACAAAGAUCAAGCGAUUGCAACAAAAGGAGAUGCAAGAUACAUACACAAAACUAUCCGAAUACAAAAGACGACACAUGGAUUUGGCGCAGCGUUUUCUGAAGCAUGCGCAGGUGCUACGCAACAAGGGAUUAUCGAUCACACCAGAGGAGGAAGCAAUGCGAGUUCAAUUCGAAAACAUCCAAACCCAAUUACUACGAUCGGAUCAAUUCCACGGUAAACUGAGUCAAAUGUGGGCUCAGUUACAACUGAUUAAAGAAUCUGGACGAAAGUACGGCAAGAUCGACGGUGUGGAUGAAUGGGAUGCAGUGAGCGAUGAGCAUAUGACGCAGAUCACGAAUAUUCUUGGUGAACAACAGAAUGGCAUUCAACAUGUCAUUGAGAAUCUUCAAACCGAUAUCAAAGAAAUAGACACCAUCAACCAGGUAUAUCAUGCACAUCGUUCUUAAAAACUUAGUCUGGAAAGAAAAAUAAAACGAAAAAACCCAGUAAUGAAAUAUCACGCUUACAUGUUCAUUUUGUAUUCUAUACAAUAACGGAUCAUGGAGAAAAAGACAAAAAAAAAAUAUUGUGAUUCCCCCCUUGUCGCUUGUUUUUCUUUUUACUUGAUAUUUUGUGAUUAUUUUUUUUCAUAAGGUAUUGCA